AAUAUCCGAAAUAAUUGAGAGUGAAUUUUUUUCCAAUUUUUUUCACAUGUUGAAGGUUUUGUACAGGCGCUGGUAAUCUCGCCUAUAAUAAUCGAAAGAGAAGUUUUCAAAUAAAAAAAAUGAAUUUAGAACUUCUUGAAUCGUUCGGGCAGAAUUAUCCAGAGGAAUUCGAUGGAACAUUGGACUGUAUAUCACUAGCAGUGACAUGCACAUUCAAUAAAAGAGGUACCCUGUUAGCAGUGGGAUGCAACGAUGGCAGAAUUGUUAUUUGGGAUUUCCUUACUCGAGGAAUAGCUAAAAUAAUAGGUGCUCAUGUCCAUCCGGUGUGUUCACUGAGCUGGUCGAGAAAUGGCCACAAAUUGCUUAGUGCAUCCACUGACAACAAUGUCUGCAUUUGGAAUGUGUUAUCCGGUGAAUGUGACCAAAAAUAUCGGUUUCCAUCGCCAAUAUUGAAAGUCCAGUUUCACCCGAGAAAUUCGAAUAAAUUUUUAGUCUGUCCAAUGAGACACGCUGCUGUUUUAGUGGACACAGAGGGAACCCACCGAGUUAUACCUUUAGAUGAAGAUAGUGAUUUAAACAUUGUAGCAUCUUUUGAUCGUCGUGGUGCUUAUAUCUAUACUGGCAAUGCUCGAGGUAGAAUAAUUGUCCUUGAUUCUGAGACAUUAGCCAUCAAAGCGUCCUACAAAAUAUCUCAGGGUACAGUCAGCAAUACAGCAGUGAAAAGUAUCGAAUUUGCAAGACGUGGAUCGUGUUUUUUAGUCAAUACAUCUGAUCGUGUCAUACGUGUAUACGAUAGCACAGAGAUAUUAGCAUGUGGAAAAGAUGGCGAGCCCGAGCCAAUCCAAAAACUGCAGGAUUUAGUGAACAAAACAAUGUGGAAGAAAUGUUGUUUCUCCGGUGAUGGAGAAUACGUUUGUGCUGGCUCCGCUAGACAACACGCACUCUACGUUUGGGAAAAAAGUAUUGGAAAUUUAGUGAAAAUUUUACACGGUACUAAGGGAGAAUUACUGUGCGAUGUGGUUUGGCAUCCAGUUAGGCCGAUAAUAGCAUCAAUAUCAUCAGGAGUUGUUUCGAUUUGGGCGCAAAAUCAAGUCGAGAAUUGGUCAGCAUUUGCACCUGAUUUCAAAGAACUGGAUGAAAAUGUUGAGUAUGAGGAGCGUGAGAGUGAAUUCGAUUUGAGUGACGAGGACAAAUCAGUUGUCCAGGGAGAAGAGGCUCAUGAUGAAGAAAUUGAAGUGGACGUUGCUGCUAUUGAUAGGGUAGCUGCUUUUUGCAGCUCUGAUGAAGAGACUGAAGACAUUGGAUCUCUCCAAUUUCUACCUAUAGCCCCUGACGUCGAGGAAACUGAAGAGAAUCAGCCACAAGCUCAUGAGCCACCAUCGAAGAAACAUCGCUCCCAUGAUAUUCAUCUAUCAGGAGCACCAGUCGAUGAAACUCAUCCUCUAUUGAACAAAGGGAAGGACAAGCCAGCAGCUAAAAAAGGACGACCCCGACUCGAACACCGAAAGGGAAAAUGAAUAUUCAAAAAA